AUGUUAUCAUUACAUAUUUCGUUGAGAUGGCCGAAGAAAAGUAAGCUUUGCAUUAUCGUUACAACUACGUGCCUCCCGGUGCUCCUUUCUUGCUCCCUCUUGUGUCUUGUGUGCAUCAAAAGGCAAAGGCGCGCAGGAAAGGCAAAGUUGCAAAGCACUCGAACAACUUCCACUUUUGAUAUUGAUGAAGUUAUUAAGCUUUGGAAGAGCGAAGAAAGAAGCUCUGAAUUUUCAUUAUUUGAUUUUGAUACCCUAGAAAACUCCACGAACAAUUUUUCUGAUGAAAACAAACUUGGCGAGGGCGGAUUUGGGACUGUCUACAAGGGCCAAUUAUCAGAUAGACUUGAGAUAGCAGUUAAGAGACUCUCUGCACGUUCAGGCCAAGGUCUAGUGGAAUUCAAGAAUGAGAUUCAACUUAUAGCAAAACUUCAACAUCGAAAUCUCGUGAGGCUAUUAGGUUGUUGCAUUCAAGGAGAAGAGAAAAUACUAAUCUACGAAUAUAUGCCGAACAAAAGCUUGGAUUUCUUCCUCUUUGAUCAAACAAGAGGAGGACUAUUAGACUGGCAAAAGCGCUUUACUAUUGUUGAAGGGAUAGCCCAAGGGCUUCUUUAUCUUCACAAGCACUCUAGACUACGAAUUAUCCAUCGAGAUCUAAAGGCGAGUAACAUUCUCUUGGAUUGCAAAAUGAACUCGAAGAUAUCUGAUUUUGGCUUAGCGCGAAUUUUUGGUUCCAACGAAACUCAAGCAAACACAAAUAGGGUUGUUGGCACGUUUGGUUACAUGUCUCCCGAAUAUGCUUCUGAUGGUCUUUUCUCAGUCAAAUCUGAUGUCUUUAGUUUCGGCGUAUUACUUCUCGAGAUCGUAAGCGGAAAGAGAAAUGCUGGUUUUCACCAAUAUGGAAAUCAUCUUCAUCUCCUUGGAUAUGCAUGGGAACUUUGGAAAGAGGGGAAAUGGUUUGAGCUCAUAGAUCAAAAACUAGGUGAUAGUUUUGAAACAUGUGAGAUAUUGAGAUGCAUUCAUGUGGCACUUAUGUGUGUUCAAGAGAACGCCUCGGAUCGACCGACCAUGUCGAAUGUGAUUAUGAUGCUGAGCAGCGAUAGUACGAACCUACCGGACCCAAAACAACCGGCUUACUUCAAUGUGAGAAUCAAGGAUGAAGCAAAGAUAGCGUCUGAUUUUAUCGUGCCUGACACCGUAAAUGAGAUUACUUUUAGCGAUCUAGAAGGCCGAUAA